AUGAUCGAAAGGACUUACCUGAACCAAGAAUUUUAUCGAGCUUUCUUCGCCAGGCAGACUGUGUUUCUGACAGGUGCCACCGGAGGGCUGGGAGGCUGCCUUCUUUACAAGCUAGUUACCCAAAUACACACUAAGAAAGUAUUCCUCCUGCAUCGAGCUUCGAAGGAAACAACAAUUGCAAAGCUUCGAAAUAAUCUGUCGACCUACAUCGAUUCAAUUUUAGAGAGCGACCGAGUGACGUUCAUUCGAGGUGACCUUCAGGUCCCAGGCCUCGAUCUUAGUGAACAAGAUCUCGCCAUGCUCCAGCAAGAAACAACUCUAGUAAUCAAUUCUGCUGCGGACACCUCAUUUAAGAUUGAUGCUUGCGAGUCGUUUCAAAACAAUUGUUUGCCUGCACUGGAGUUUGCCAAAAUUGCAUCAAGUUUUCCCAAACUCAUCAAGUUUGUUCAAGUUUCCACUGUUUAUGCAAACAGCUUUUUGCCGGAUGGAAAUAUCGCAGAACAAAUUCAUCUGUUUGGUGCAACGGAUCUUGAUUGUGAGAAAGAGCUAGAGCAAGUUUUUUCCGAGAGAAGCACCCCUAGAACUGGGGAUUGGUUAUGGCCCUAUGCCCAAGCUAAAUAUGUCAUGGAGAGACUUCUCGUGCAAAGAUAUCCUGAGCUCCCGUUGCUUAUUAUCCGACCAUCCUCAAUCGGCCCUGCAAUCAAGGAUCCAUUCCCUCACUUUGGGCCUGACGGAUCGAACCCUGUGGAAACAUUUGCUAUACUAUAUCUUGCCACCAAUGGCGGAACUAAAAUAUGGCACUCCGCCAAGGAUUCAAACAGUGGGACUUGGAUUUUGGAUGAGAUGCCCGUCGAUCUGGUUUCAAAUACAUGUCUUCUUCACAUAUCACAAGGAUCUCAGGGUAUUGUACACGCGGCCGCCGAGCUGUACAUCUCCAAAACAGCAGAUCAAUUAUUUGCUUCAGCAAUACCUCAUAUUCCGCGAGAUAUGAGAUGGGAAAAGCCUUACUUUCAGUGGGUGACCGAUCGACGAGUACCACCUUGUACAAUGGCUAGCAUAUUUGGCUUGAGAGGUCAAUCUUGGGUUUUUGAAUGUGGUCGAUCAAGAGGGUUUAAAGAUGUCGAUGGCCCGCUAAGCCUGAACAUUGAUGGACAUGACGAUCAAGAUUAUAUUCGAGAACGCGUGACUCGUAUUAUUCCUACUGCUCGUGUCCUCAAAGAGAAAUUUGCGUCCAAAAAGCGCGGACAGGUGAAUCUCUAG